GAAUUCUGUUCUAUUGAGCCGACUCACUCACUGGCUGGUUUUUUUCUUCUAUUUCGAUCCUUCGUCCUGCUAAGCGAGAACAUGGCUGGGCAUUAUCCAUAUCCCCAUGGUGCUCCAUCCUACCAUAUGAACAGUGGUCGGCCUGUCUACCAACAAGAAAGCUUCAUUCCUGGCCUACAGCCAUACCCAACCGUAUCGUCCAGACAUCGCAGCUAUGUCGAGUUCGAAGAUGGCGCGAGGGGGCUUUAUGCUCCGCAAAACUCUGGCCGGAGUAGGAGAAGAGUCGGGGCUGGUGGGGAGCAUGUCAAGCAUCGCAGAACCCGCAGCGGUUGUUUCACUUGUCGACAUAGACGAGUAAAGUGCGAUGAGAUACACCCAGUAUGCGACCGAUGCAGGAAAGGCAACCGAGAGUGCAAAUGGCCCGAAGCUAGUUCAUCGUCCAAGUUCCGGCGAGGCUCCCGAUCAAAGGUAUCUUCCGAGAAGGAGAGCGGGUCGUCCGGCGAGGACGCGGAGCAUGAGGAAGUGGACGUUGAAGGCCUUCCAACCAUCAAAGACGAGGAUGAUGGUGCUGAAGAGUCUUCUCGGACCUUGGCCGACUCUGGUGAUGUAUGGGCGUUACCCGAAAUCCUGCGGGAUGGCUCCAACACACCGUCACUGACGCACGACAAGAGUCCUACGCCUUCGACCGAAGGCUCGACGAUGGCCAGCUCAAAAUCGCCGCUAAAACGAGCCAGCCUAAGCAGCAGUAGCAUCAGUCUGUCAGAAAGAUGGACGCAGUUACCGGAAGACAUGCAGUUCUUUUUGGACUACCACCAGAAGAAUAUAAACUUCAACCAUUACGCCUUCCUCUUCGACGCCACCUUUUUGAAAACGAAGUAUUUAGAAAUUGCGCUGCACCAUCCGCCUUUAAUGAACGCCGUGGCCGGAUUCGCAGCCUAUCACCAUACUGUCAGCGAAGGAGAAGGCAGGGUAGAAGACUUUUUGUGUUACUACAACAGAUCAGUUACUUUACUGAGACAGUCAUUGGAGCAAAGCACGAGACACUCCAAUGCAACGUUGCUGACCAUCCUCCAGCUAGCUUCCACAGAGGAGUUCCUCGGCGACUGGGUCAACUUGAUGGGACACCAAAGGGCAGCUUUUGAAAUCAUUACAGAGCUGUACACGCCGGAAACUAUCAUGCAGACCGAUACGUUGCGAGUUAUCAUCACCUGGUAUAUUCGCUUCGACCUUUUUGCAGGCCUCCUUUCUGGGAACGGGUCUUGUCUCAACACCGAAUGGUUUGAUGCCUAUUACAACUACUACCUUCAACAAAUGAGAGAUCAUCCCGGUGACCUGAAAUGCUUGUUCGAGGAGAGAUUUGCAUUCCAAAAGCUCCUGGGAGCGCAUAUGGCCAUUGCUUUUGCUCGGAAAAAGAACGGUACGAUAUCCGACAAGGAGUUCGAUCGAAUUACCGAUGACUUGAAUGAAAAGAUCAACAAUUGGGAUGCGAACCUCGACCCUUUCCUGACCGACAAGACGAAGAUGAUCAACGACUUUUCUGGGGCACCUCCGCGUGAUCCGAGCGAGAUCUUCGACCCCUACGAACCUGGCUACUUGCAUAGUGGCGAGUUCUUCCCGAUCAACUUCCUCCGCAUAAGCAUGUGGAGUGUACAGCUCGUGUUCGCUCGGCACAUCGCUGAAAUCCACCAGAAACCUCUGCCCCCUGGGAUUCAUCAGAUUGCCCUGGACACAUGCAAAAUGUUUUUAGCAAUGCAACGGUGUCCUCAGAGUCCCCCAGGCACGGUGCUAGGGAUCCAGGCUAGCUUCGCCGUCGCAGUUGUAGUGAUCCAAAGGGAGCCGUAUGUUAGUUGGAUACUUAGGAAGAUGGCAGAAGUCGAAGCGAUGGGGUACAGUUAUCCUGUCAUGCUUCGUUUCCAGCUAACUGAAAGCCUCGGGAUUGAUGUUCGUCACUGGUGGCUGCCGAACAACGAGGGCUUUCCUCCGAUUAUGCAAGCAGUUCGACAAUUUGUCACCGAGCGGACAGCAACACCUCGAUCGCCUGCUGCGGAGGACCUACAUUCCUUGAAAGGUAUCUUCAAAUCACUGAGUCUACACGAGGAUGGCCAGCAUAGUACCGGCGGUGCAGAGCCAAAGAUUGCUGGAAACUCCACGCUCUACGGCGAAAGUCAACAUUUCGCCCACGACUACGGUAGCCAGUAUUCUCGAUGAUACUCACGAUUGCAUCCUCGCCAUUCAACACUCCGCAAACAUGAAACCAUGCGGAGGAAGCAACAUUUCCGCCAAACCUGUUCUUGGAGAUGUGCGUUAUGAAGCGGAUAAAUUGAAUCUGGCACCACGGGUGAAUUCCAUGGUACCGGAAAUGAGCUGGUUACUGUACCGUCUGGGAUGGCGAAUCAUCGUUGCGGACCCUCAUGCCAAUAAAUCCUCCUUGCUGGAACAUGGAAGCCAUUAGGUAUCUCG